CAUUUUUACAUUUAUCCGACCAGAUCACAUCUAAAUCAACGUAGUACUGAUACAGACGUGUUUUAAAGUGGCGUUUCAGCAUUUUUUAACCAACGAUGACAAUAAAUAAAAAAUCUAUUGAAGCGACGCCAGUUAAAAUUAAGAAAGGCUCCAUCCUUGGCAUGAGACAUGUGCAGAGUUUCCUGCUUUUCUUUAAUGUCACCUCGAUAUAUUGCAGUCGCCUUAACAUCGGUGUAGCUGUGGUGGCGAUGACCAAUUCAGCAACAGCAAAUCCAGAUUUUCCUGAAUUCGAAUGGAGCGAGAAGGAAAUCUCCUAUAUUAUAUCGAGUUUCUUUUGGGGCUAUGUAUGCACACAAUUCCCCGGCGGCUAUCUUUGUAAGAAAUUCGGAGCAAAGUUGGUAAUGAGUGUUGCCACUUGUAUUUCAGCAUUACUGAGUGCUGCCACACCAUGGUCGGUGGGCUGGGGAAGUUGGCGUAUUUUAUGUUUCAUUCGAAUCGUGCAAGGUCUGGCUCAAGGUGUCAUUUUUCCCUGUGUCUAUGAACACUUAGCCAAGUGGGUGCCGUUGAAGGAACGUAAUCGUUUGGGAGCAUUUGCAUUAUCGGGUUCUGACUGUGGUACCAUAUUGGCAAUGGCCGUGAGUGGAAUUAUUGCCAAAGGUCCAUGGGGUUGGCCUGGUAUAUAUUAUGUAUCGGCAGGUAUAUGUUUUGCAUGGUGUGUUAUUUGGUUGAUAUUUGGUGAAAAUAAUCCCAAUGACUCGAAGUAUAUUGGGUCGCAAGAGAGGAGUUUUAUUGCCGCCGAAAUGGCUCACAGUGAGGGUUACCAUAAAAAGAAUAUACCAUUUCCAUGGAAAGCUGUUUUAACAUCAACACCGUUUUAUGUUCUGAUAUUGGCAAGAUCAUGCCAAAAUUGGGGUCUAUCCACAAUUCAUGCCCAAAUACCUUCAUAUCUCAGUGGUGUCCUGAAUAUGGACAUAAAAGCGAAUGGUUUGUAUUCCUCGCUGCCCUUCAUUGCCAUGUGGGUGAUGAGCUAUGUAUAUCUUUCACUGGCGGAUAUAUUGCAGAGUAAGACUAGUAUAAGUUUAACAUCAUUGCGUAGACUUUUCAAUAGCUUGGGAAGUUGGUUGCCGGCAUUGGGUCUGGUGAUUAUUGGCUUUUUAGAUGAACAUCAAAAAAUAUGGGCCAUUGUUCUGAUGACCCUGAUUGUGGCGCUGAACAGUGGUAACAUUAUUGGAAGUGCCCUAAAUAUGAUUGAUUUGGCGCCCAAUCAUGCUGGUAUCAUGAUGUCCCUGGUGAAUGCGGUAUCCAAUAUUACACCGUUUAUAUCGCCGCUGAUUGUGGGUGUAGUUGUCACAGAUGUGACAAAUCGCACUUUGUGGCAAAUUGUGUUUAUCAUCGCUGCUGCCAUAUUUUUCUUUGGCAAUUUGCUAUAUAUUCUCCUUGGAACAGCUGAAACCCAGCCAUGGAAUGCAGAAGACUAUCUUCAAGAGAAAUGUGGCAAACGAAGUCACAUUCAUGGAUAUGAUAAUAACAUUGAAAUAUUAGAAAUACAAGUGAAUAGUUUUGAUGCGAAAGAUAGUAAUUUUAAGUCUGUAAAAAAAUAAUAUAAGUUUAUUUUAAUUAUCAAUAUAAUUUUAUUAC